AUGGCAGACCUGGAAGAAUCCUCCUCAGGAACGGCAUCCACAUGGGCACCAUAUUUGCCUCUCGUACCAAUAGCACUAUCAGCAGCUGGAACAGCUCUGUAUGUUGUCCACUCUUUGCAAAUUGGGAAGGAACCCGAUGAAGCUUUCAGGUUUCACACGCGUGCCUCUGCAAAUUUCACGAGCGGUACUCGCUACCACCGGCUCCUAACAUCCGAAGUCACUAGGUCAAAGGAUUGCCAGAAGCUUGUCUCUACCACCUUGCUAGCACUCAGGAUAGGUGGGCAAGAGUCAACUUUGAAAUCUUUCACGCGCCAGCACACCGAGGGUGAAGGAGAGCUGAACUACUCCCCAGAAGCAGGGGACCCCUCAGAAUUCACCCAUUGGAUGAGCCUACUUGAUGCGCGUAUGUCAACACGAGGUCUGCCGCCUAGAUUCAAGACUUUCAGGAUUGUCAGCGAAACCACAUUUAUCCACCCAAACACAAUGCCAGGUAGUUGGGCAGAAGCACCACUCGAAGAAUCAGUUGCAGUCCAAAUAAUGCGCCGAGACGCCGUUGGGCUCGCAGAAUACGUGAUGACAGGCUGUGGAUCAAUAUUCAAGCAAGCACCUGGGAUACAAAGCGGUAUACCAACAGACCUCAAUGGAGUGGAGGAGUUGACCCAGGUUGAAGACACUGAAGCACAACUUAAGGGAAUCAUUUCCUCACGGGGAAGAUACACAUGGCUGAAAUAUGAGACCCGCACGGUAACCGCCCGCGUGUUGGGAUGA